ACCAGUCGCAAAGGAGGCAGCGGAGCUGAGCAGUUGAAGGACAUCAAAUGAAACAAGAGAGCUUCCAGCGGCUCCUCUUGAGUUUUGCGCGUAGUCUGUCCUCCCGUCCCGGAGACAGUGCGUUUUGAAAACAUGGAUGACAAAUCCAAUUCGUUCGCCAGCAACAAAGAGGAGAAGGCGGAUGGGAAUAACGUGUUUCAGAGGCAAGACUCCAUACUGAAGAACAACAUGGGGAGCCAGAACAUGAAAGACCACGGUAACUCUGUGGGUGUAAAGGGGGAUCGAGAGGAAACCAUGGUCGGUUUCGAUGAUAUAGAUGCAGCAGCCAGGCAACACAGUUUCAUGCAGCGGCAGUUUGGAGCCAUGAUGCAGCCCGGGGUGAAUAAGUUCUCCCUGCGGAUGUUCGGCAGUCAGAAAGCCGUGGAGAAAGAACAGGAGAGGGUUCAAACGGCUGGAUACUGGAUCAUUCAUCCCUAUAGCGAUUUUAGGUUCUACUGGGACUUAAUAAUGCUCAUCAUGAUGAUGGGAAAUCUAAUCAUCAUUCCUGUUGGAAUAACAUUCUUUUCCGAAGAGACCUCCACCACCUGGCUAAUAUUCAAUGUGGCCUCAGACACCAUAUUUAUGGUGGACCUGGUCAUGAACUUCCGGACGGGGAUUGUCAACGAGGAGAGCUCCGAGAUCAUCCUGGACCCCAAGGUCAUCAAGAUGAACUACCUGAAGAGCUGGUUUGUGGUCGACUUCCUCUCCUCCAUACCGGUGGAUUAUAUCUUUCUAAUAGUGGAGAAAGGGUUUGACUCAGAGGUGUACAAGACUGCCCGUGCACUGCGAAUUGUGAGGUUUACAAAAAUCCUUAGUCUGCUCCGCCUGUUGAGACUGUCUCGACUCAUCCGAUACAUUCAUCAGUGGGAGGAGAUUUUCCAUAUGACCUAUGACCUGGCCAGUGCGGUGGUGAGGAUUUUUAACCUGAUCGGGAUGAUGCUGCUGCUGUGCCACUGGGAUGGCUGUCUGCAGUUCCUGGUGCCCCUCCUGCAGGACUUCCCCCCAGACUGCUGGGUCUCCUUAAAUGGCAUGGUGAAUGAUUCCUGGGGUAAGCAGUACUCCUAUGCCCUCUUCAAAGCCAUGAGCCACAUGCUGUGCAUCGGGUACGGUGCCCGGGCGCCCGUCAGCAUGUCAGAUCUGUGGAUCACCAUGCUCAGCAUGAUCGUGGGUGCCACCUGCUACGCCAUGUUCGUGGGCCACGCCACUGCCCUCAUCCAGUCUCUGGACUCCUCCCGACGCCAGUACCAGGAGAAGUAUAAGCAAGUGGAGCAGUACAUGUCCUUCCAUAAGCUUCCUGCAGACAUGCGGCAGAAGAUCCACGACUACUAUGAACAUCGUUACCAGGGCAAGAUCUUCGAUGAGGACAACAUCCUCAACGAGCUCAAUGACCCCCUUAAAGAGGAAAUUGUUAAUUUUAACUGCCGUAAGCUGGUGGCCACCAUGCCCCUGUUUGCCAACGCCGAUCCCAACUUCGUGACGGGCAUGCUGAGCAAACUCAAGUUUGAAGUCUUCCAGCCCAACGACUACAUUAUCCGCGAGGGCACCGUGGGGAAGAAGAUGUACUUUAUUCAGCACGGCGUCGCCAGCGUCAUCCGAAAGUGAAGCACCAGUGGUGACAGACUCUCAUCGGGCACUUUCCUUGGGGAAAUCUGCCUGCUGACCAAGGGCAGACGCACGGCCAGUGUCCGCGCCGACACCUACUGCCGCCUCUUCUCGCUGUCCGUCGACCACUUCAACGAGGUGCUGGAGGAGUACCCCAUGAUGCGCCGCGCCUUCGAGACGGUGGCCAUCGACCGCCUGGACCGCAUCGGGAAGAAGAACUCGCUCCUGCUCCAGAAGUUCCAGAAGGAUCUGAACGCCGGCGUCUUCAACACCCAGGAGAACGAGCUCUUGAAGCAGAUUAUCCGUCAGGACCGGGAGAUGGUGAUGAUGGUGGACCGCAAGCAGUCAGUCACGGGAGUGAACUCAACACCGAUGUCUGGAAACUCCAUCAUUAACUCUCCAGCGCAGCCGCCCUACGCUGCCGCGCUGCAGCAGUCUGCUCCCAUGACCUACAGCGCCUCGGCCACCAUCGCCCCCACCGCGCGUCUCAUGGCCGCCUCCAUACAAGGCAUCUUCCCGGCGCCUAGCGUCUCCAUCGGCAACCUGAACUCGGCUUCUCCCAACCCACAGACGCCACUGCAGCAGCAGGGGGCGCUCAUGUCGCCGUGCUCCUUCACGGCGGCCGUGUGCAGCCCUCCCGUGCAUACCCCGUUGGCCGGCCGGACCUUCCAGUACGGCUCGCCCACCGCUUCGCAGCUCUCCCUCAUCCAGCAGCCCCUGUCCACCCAGCAGCCGCAGCAGCAUCCCGCACAGCCAUCGCCCUCCACGUCAUCACAACAGCAACAACAACCACAGCCACCGCCACAACAGCCACCACCCCAGCAGUCCCAGCAGCAGCCAUCACAAGCGCAGGUGCCCUCCCCCCAGCGCGGCGACGUCCACAAGAGCACUCAGGCCCUGCAGUCGGGCAGCCUGAGCCGAGACGUGCGCCACCUCUCCGCCUCCCAGCCCUCCCUGCCACAUGACACCACGUUGGUGACGCGGCCCGUGCCUCCUCCCGCCUUAGGCGAGUCCAUGGCAGCGCUGCCCCCUCAGGCGGGCUCGGCCGCAGGGCCCCAGGCUCCGGGCUCGGCCCUGCAGGGGGGCAUCCGCAGCACCGUGCCCCAGCGGGUCAGCCUGUUCCGCCAGAUGUCGUCUGGAGCACUGCCGCCGGUGCGCACAGCGCCCCCUGCUGCUCAGCACAGGGAUUCCACAGGCUCAAGAAGAGAAUCGGCAGUCUUAAGCAGCACAGAGACAGAACAAGACAAGAAUUUGCGGUUUACGUCAAAUUUAUGAUCCAACUUUCAUUUCCUCUUUUUCCUCUUUUUUUAAAUAUGUUUUGAUUCAUUUUUAUGAAGAUAUAUAAAAAAGAAUACCAGACUUGAGAAUUUUUUCUUUUUUUUUUUCUCCAAACUUUUAAAAAAAGGAAAACCUCAUAGACACCCUAUGUACAGACUGCCCUUGUAUUAUAUUUUAGACACAUCUCCCCUUCAACUUAAGAAUGUAUAUUAAGCGAAUAUAUAUAUGUGUACAUCCAACUAGAAUAUUUGGCAUUGACUAUUUAAAAACUAGUAUAAACAUGAGUCUUCCUUUCUGAAAUAUAUGAACACAUACAUAAGGAGAAUAUUUCCUUUUUUAUUUUUGAUUUUGUUUGUCUUUUGUUUUUGUAACUGGAAUGCAACAUGAAUUCUGACAAUGACUUUUUAAUUAUCAUUUUUUUAAUCUGAGAGAAGAUGACAAAAUAAGUCCUUAUUUUCUGUGGCUUUGCCAUCACUGUGGAAACAACAGCAAAUUUAAAAAAUGAACACAAGCAAACAUGGAAAUCGUCAAAAAGCACACAUAUUUAAAGUCAUAGUUACAAUUUGUGGGUACAUUUUGAACCAAUCUCCUCCACUGAAAGCAUUCUGACAUUUACCAGUAAAAAUCUAGUCCUCAUUCUAUAAAGGACAGAAACCCUGUGACUUGAAAACCCCACAUAAGUGAAGAGUGUUGCUAUACCAUAAAUAUGAGCAAAUCAGAGUGUAGAUUCCAUAAAUACAGUAUAUUUGUGUAGACCACCUUGUGUAUUGACUAGGUGUUUUGGAAUAAUGCUAAUGAAGGGCACUGGAUCAUACAUGGAUGCUAGGAGACCUUAGUGUGAGAGAGGAGAAACACAAUUAUAUUUUGUAGUGUUCUUGAAGUGAACAAACUUUACUACGUAAGAGAUUCCCUCAAGCCUGUUUCAGUCCCAUAGCUUGUGCUAUUCAAAUGUAAGGAUUUCGGUUUUGAAACAAGUUAGUCACUGUCAGUAUUUGAUGACCCCCUCAUUUACCUUAGCUUGCAUUGUCAUUAUGGUUCAAGUCGCAGGAUUUCUGUCUUUCUGAAUAGAGAGACAUUGACAUUCAUGUCUAUAGAACUUGACUGGAAUUGACAGUAUGCCACAGAUGCUGCAGGCAGAGAUGAAGUGGAAAAGCACUUGAAUAUCACUUUAAAGUACAGUACACCUGUCACUAAACACAGAUUUGAGGAACUCUGGGCAAUAAUGUUGUAGGCUAAAUGGAGAGGAACACAGGUGCUUGUGAUGACAUUUGCAAUAUUUUCUGUGGUGUGAGAGGUGUGUUCAGACCGUGGCAGUGUUAUGGGUCCAAAGGGAAUCGGAUGAAUUUUGCUGCUUUUUUCUGCGUCCCAAUGAAGACGUGUGCAAGGAGGAUGGAGAGUGGAUGAUGCUGUUUAUUGUUUCUGUUUAUUUCUCUUGUUCUUGUUUGUAUUUUUAUUCCUGAGUUCUGGCAGUGAUGGACAUUACGUAAUGUUGCUUAAUGACUAUGUGUACAUUUAUAAUAUUUAUAAACUAAAGAGUAUCACCAUUAUGCAAUAGACUGUGAUAUAAAGAUAAACUAUAUCUGUGUUGUAAAUAGUUUUGUAGAUCUAGUAUUUACAAAAUAAUGUGUGGUGCAUUCUCAAUCAUGGCAAUGUCUUACUUCUAUCAGGAACCCGGAUAUCAUCUAUAUAUGCAUAUUAACUGAAAAGGUUAUAAGAUAAAAAUACAACAAAAAAAAAAACAUCAGAGAUGAGCAAACCUUAAUGCAAUUUAGAAUGCCACUUGACACUGAGAAGAUAACACCUCUCAAAGUGAAACAUAACAGCUUCCUGUCUGCAAAACCCUGAGGCAGUUGUGCCCCUCUUAAAUUGCUUCACAUGCUUGGACACCUUGACUCGCUUUGGCAGCCUCGAAAUGCCCUCCUCAAUCUGAUGAGUCACCCUUGUCGGUCUGUUCAGACUGGUAUGGAAUGACGUCUCUUUGGAAAUAGAUUAAUUGGAGAUAGACCUUUUCUUCAACAUUAAUAUUAAACAUACAUUUUGUUCAAAUUGUGUUAAACAUAUCCUGGUUAUAGCAUACAUAUCUUACACUCAUGAAAAACACUCCUUUAACAUACUUUAAACCCACAUGCAUCCCAUCACCUACCUAGCUUCCUAAUUUGACACCACAUUCUUGUUGUCAUUUUUGUUGUACUUUGAAUUUGUUUAAUUAUUUUACUUUUGUCCAGUAUUUCAAUAUGUCAGAAAAAAAAUCACAACAUGCUUCCUUCAUAUAGAAUGACAGUGAUGAGUGACAUUGAGCAAUACAGUAAUACCCGACAUUUCAGCUGAACCUAAAUCACCAAACUGUAAGUGUUUGAAUUUGUUUGUAUGUUUAUUGUUUGUGUCUUGAUCUUAUUUGUAUUUUCUUCAUUUGUUUGUUUUCUGAUUGGGACACUUAGUGUAAUGCUUUAGCGUAUAGCCCUAUCUGUACUAAAAUGCCUGUCCCAGGAAGGAGGCCGUGGAAUUCCUUGUAUGUUUUGUAUUCCUUGUAUAUUUUUCUCAUGUGACUGUCACUUGCCUUUAAAUGUCUUUUUCUACUCUCCUUUUCCAAUUACUGCUUUUAUCAGUGACUCGUUUGUUUAUGACUGCUUUAUGUGUACGUGUGAACAGGAUCCACUGUCUAUGUCCCAGGAUCAGAAAUAUAUAAGAUGGUUCUAUAUCUAACUGGAUUUGCUAUGCUUGUUUCCACUAUAUUGCUUUGCCGCACAAUAUAAAGCGUUAACAUAUUGCAGGAGCAGAGGCACUGCUGAGUGUAUGGACUGUAACAUCUCUACUGGGUAUUACUGUAUUGCAGCAUGUUUAGCUGAAGCUGCAUCAUCAACGAGCUUUCAUUUUAGAUUCCCUUUGUCAAUUGCAAGAAAGGUAAUCGCAAUUGCAAGAAUUCGUAAGUCGAUGAUAUUAUACAUGAUUAGCAGAAAAAUGGUGAAAAAAAGCUAAUUUCCAAUGGAGGUUAUCUCAGGAGCUGAAAGGCACAGCUGGUUUGCAUUAAGGUUUCUGUCUCUUGUCCAUAUGUGUGUGUGUGAGUGUGUGAUUUCAUCCUGUCUGGGUCUUGAGAUUCUGAGCUGAUAUGGUGUGGAAACGCGACACACUCACACAAACACAAGCACACGCGUGCCCUCAGUAAAGAGAUUGCUGAUGGCCAGCUGACCUCUGAGCUGGUUAUUAAAUACUGUUCAUAGAAUCUGAAAAGUGAGUAAGCCCCUGCAAAUUCAACACCAAAUUAUGAUGUAUAUUUUAGGUCCAUCAUGGCAGGUUGUGCAUCAUGUGAAAUCAGUGUGGACUGUCAAUAUGACUGCAUUGCAGUGUGGCCUUAUACAGCUAAAUGCUUGUUUGCAGUGGAUUGACAUCAAACUGAUACUUUUUGCCUCUGUGUCUCUGUGUCAAGCGUAUCAACACUAAACCAGACCAGCUCAGAGUUUCAAGGGAUACAGAAAAAAAUCAGUUAAGCAAAAUACAGUACAGUACCCACUUGUGUCAAUAUUGUAUCAAUACAGACAUCCACCCACAUCAUAAAAGCAUGCAUUGUCACAAAUACUCAAAAGAGAAACUAUUUAAAAUGUUGAAGUUAAAUGUAUUGUGAAAUUAUGAUUUUGUUGUCUGUCUACAGUACCUAGGCAUUAUUUGUGUGUAUCAGAAGCAUUGAAUUUUCACAAGAGGACAUUCUUAAGUAUUUGUGCCUAAACUAUAGCCAUGUUUCAUCCUUUUUUUGUUGUCUGUGAGCUGUGUGCCUGCACACACACAUAUAAAGAUGAUAUAUGGUCAUAUGAUCAUAGAUCAAUGUUUUGAAAGGAUGGUGGCAUGCAAACAAGCUGGCCAAAUGUGUUAGAGUAAGUGAAUACUUGUAAACACAACCUUAGAAACACUCUAGGAAUCAUGGUCGACAGAGCAAUCUGUUGUUUCCUAAUUAGUAAAAAAGACAGAGAGAGAGACAGAGAAAGAGAGAGAGAUGUAGUGUAGGACAUAGUAAGUACAGCUUCUACACUGAAGUCUAAAGUCUGUGUGCGCAUACAGGCUGUGUCCUUCUGGAGCACUGUCAUACCUUUUGUUGCAGCUACUGAUGUUUGGUUGGAUAUAUUGUUAUGUGGAAUGAAAACUGGCCAAAGCAAAACAUUCUGAGUAACUUUAUUCAUUUUGAAUUGCACUUUCUGACUUAAAAAGAGGCAGAGAUUCAAUAAACGACUCUGCGUUUAUAGUUUAAGUUGAUAGGCUAAUUAAGAAGAAGAAUGAGCUAGUUUCUGACCCUCCCACAGUUUUGUGGUACUUCGAAAGGGGGGGCCCAUAUUUAAUUUCAACAAUGAGCGUUUAACCUUGCUAUGCCAUAGUGUAUAGGGACUAGUAUACAGCUUGAGUUGGAUUGCAGUACUGUUGGUAUCUGCUGUUUUUGAUACUAGCCUUCACGGGGGAUUGCUUCCUAAUCAUGUGCUUUUAUCCACUAUUCCACCUCUAGCUAGCACUUUGGGACAGGGCAUUAUAGGCCAAGAAACAAACUUAGCUAAAUAAAAACAAAUAAAACAGUCAAACAUGGAAGCAUUCAAGAAACCAGCACAUAUAUUUAUAUGUUUCAUUUUUUUUUUUUUACUUUUACUUUUGCUGUUUCUUUUUUCAGUGAUGCAAAUAUAAUAAAGAUCAGAGUAGAAAGAGGAAACUGACACUUGGGUUUACAACCUCUGCAUUUGCAGGUGAAUUAAAUUUAUUUGAAAUGUUUACGGAUGCUAUGUUUUGUGUAACAGAGAGAGAGCGCGCAAAAAAGAGAGACAUGCUAUUACAAGCCACAAGCUCUUCUUAAACUCUACUGACAUUAUCAUUGUGCUCCUUUUACGUUAACCAAGGCUUGGAUAAAUGAACAAUUAGUUGGUUACUUGAUUCAGAAUAAGGAAAGAUAAAAAAAUGUAUACUUUCUUACAAUCUAUAUGCAGACAAACGGUGUUUGUCAGAAAUUAUUUUGAUUUUGUUUUAUUUUUUUCUGUUUGUAAAUAAUAAACCUUUAAAAUAUAGAGAAAAAAAUAAAGAAAUAUUGUAAUUUA